CAGACAAAUACCAUUGAUUUUCAUUUUUGUGUGUACCGCACCCCGCGUCGUGUAUGUGCGUGAAAGAGAUAUUUUGGUAUUCAGUGAAUAGAAGUGUCACACAGUGCUCAGAGUGCAGCAAAUUUGAACCAUUUCAUUGAUUUUGUGCCAAGCCCAUGCUUGAAAGCUAGAGAGUCGACUAUAGAAACGACAGCAGACGGACAGAAGCAGGGGUUUGCUCAUAAUUGAGUUGUAGAUCUCAGAAUCGGAGCAGUUCUCCUGUCGUGAGACAAGAGUCAUUCAUUCACAGGGAUCGAGGGAGCACCAUGGCGCAGUACGAGUACUGCGUACAGGGAUUGUCCAAGGUUUGCCAAGGAAUUCCAUGCGAUGUCAAAGAUAUUCCAAAGUUACCCAACAUUGCUGAAAUCUUCAAGACUUGUCCAGUUCCUGGUCUUCAAGAAUCCUGCUUGUUAUUGAUCUUACUGCUCCUUAUUCCCAUAUCAGCUGCAUCGAUGUUUGCAAUGCGUAGGUAUAUUCUUCUUUUAGUUAAAGGACCCGGGGAAUGUAGUCCCAUCAGUAGUGAGACGGCACAACAAUUAGUGCCACUGAACACUAAAUCUGCUGGCCUAGAAUCACAGACAUGUCCCGUGAAGGAAACCCAGGGGGGUUCAGAACCUGCAAGUGGGAAGCAUACGAGUGGUGCAAUGAGUGGUGCAACAAGUGCUGGAGAGGGAACGGUAGACUUGGGGAAUGAAUCAGACACAGGCAAUGUGAGCCCUGUCGUUGAAUCUAAAACCCACCCUGUAUGAAAGGAAACAAGCCGAGGUAUGGAGUCAACGAUUAUGGAAAAACUUGGAGCAUAAAGUCGAUUUUGAAAUUGGCUAGCUGUAUAGUACUCAUGGUCUUCAUGAUUCUAUGGAAUAAAUGAAUGUCAUGGAGAGAGACAACAACUAGGACUUGACACAGAUUUAUUAAUUCUUUUCCCUUUCAUAAAUACUUUUUGUAAGUCUGUUUUGUAUAAGUUACAUGUAACAGACAACUUUAUUUCACUAAUAGGCAAAAGAAGAAAUUAUUCAGAGAAGGUUGAAGUCUAGCACUUAAUUUCUUUUUUUACACAAACACCUGUAACAUGGUUGAGGGUGGAUAACUGAUAUGUGCUCCCAUGGCAAGCAUUUAUCUCACAAGCUCGCAAACAGCACCGAGUUGUAAACUGUGUAUAACCUGAUAUAUGAUUGGAGGCUUUGCAUGGUGGGGUAUCGGUAUCGUUUCGGUUUGCGGUAACACCACGUGGUAUAACCUGAUUGGCUUAAUCGUGAUUUAUAUUAUUCAUUGAAAUUGAAUUCAUCAUACAUGUGUUCUGAUAUAUACAUACGUACAUAUGUACAUGUUGCGGUUGUGCUGUAUAUUUUUUUUUUUCACUUUGCAUUUGCAAUUCUCUAUUUUUAAAUUACUUGUGGAGUCCACGUUGAACUCGAGUUAAGGCGUUACAGCUCACUGAAACUUGAAAACGUAUGGUAAUUGUUAGUCACAUGUAAGGGACCCACUUGUGUUUCCCAUGCAAAAAAAAUUGAUAGGUUUUUAUAAAGAAAUUUUGUUGAAAGAUCGAAAGCAUUAAAAAUUAUGUUUUCCUUUGAAUUUACUUACAUAACACCAUUUUGUCUAUUUGGAUGUCAAAAGCAUUUUUAUAUGAGUAUCAUUUAUUCAGAUUUUACCGCUAUAAAUCUUGUUGUAUUGAGCGAGCAAUAUCUCAAACUUGAACUGAUAUAUUUAGGCCAAGAAGUUAUUUCCGCAUUACACUUGCACAAUUGUUUGUUUGAACUAAACAUUAAAAAAAAAAAAAAACUAUUAACAUGGUUAAGGUAAAGACAGAACAUUGGUGCUGAAAGUUGAAUUAUUAAAAAAAAAUAUUAUUUUAUUUAUUGGAAUAAUUUAUCUAGAUUGAUCAAAUUGUUACUUGAUUUCCAAACAAAUUCCUCUGUGGUAAAUGAUUUAAAGAAAAGUUGUCAAACAUUGUAUGAAAACUGUUGGAUCAGAUUUUGCCUAACAAUUUUUUUUUAAAUAUUAAAUAUUUCCUCUGUGCAGCUGAAAAUUGUUGAAAACGCUUUCAGGAUUAGUUUUUAUCAAGGAGGAUUGAUGAUCAAGUGAGAUGAGUCAUAGUUUUUGGUUCAAGACAUAUUCAUAUACUGCUGGUCCCCAACAAGGGCAGCAAAGCUGCCGUGGCAGGAGAGGGCGCUAUCAAAUCUAGUCUUGGGAACGAUGGCAGAGCUACCAGGAUAUUCCAAGCAUACCUCACGCAUGCAGUAUUCAAGCUAUUGCAUGCGCAUGAAGCAUGUUGGAAAUUACUGGGUAUCCCUACCAAAGUGCCUUUUUGAUUCAUAUUGUUGUUAGUGACCCCUGCCACUGUGACGGCUUUGCUUGGCUUGAACCAAGACUAGUUAAGAAACAUGUUGGCAACCUUGAAUUUCAAGCACUCAGUGUAUAAAUAUCACUUUCAUAGCGGAAACACACUGCUGUUUCUGUUGAUUUUAAUCAACAUUAUUUUCCUAUUCACCUUAAGGCUGAAGUUAUCAUUUAUGUAAUGUAGGGUUGAAUUAUUUAAACUAAAAUAAGAAAAAAAAAUUAAAUCACAUAGCUAUUACUUGUGCAAACUGUUUUGGUUUGUUUGUAAUAGGUUGUUUAUUGUUUUGUUUUUAUUCAAAUAACCAGAAGCUGGGGUUAAAAUCACAUGGAAAACAAUUGCUGUGGCACCUUAGCAUUACGUGAAACAUGCUGGGUUUGAAAGUGAGUUGUAUUUUAUCAUCAGAUAUAAAGAAUUAAAAAAAGACAAUUUUCCAUUUUUUUUUUCAAACCUGAUGUACACUUUUCACAAGGCAUACUGUACAUAUACGUUAAUAAAAAAAAUUAGAAUGUAAAAUUGGUGUUUGCUGCACAAAAAUUCUGUUUAAAAACAACAUAUUGAUCUUUUUGAAUGUAAGAAUGGUAUUUGGUAGAACACAUAAAAUCUGCAAUGUGUUUAUCAUGUGUAUCAUGUGCAUGUCUAUAUAAUUCUAAUUGUUAAAUGUUUAUGUUACACUUCAAAAGUGCAUAACAAAACAUUGUUUACUGCUUUUUCCAUUUAUAUUACUGAGUAAUAGAGCUUUAUAAAAACUAAAAUGUCUGUGAUUUUAAGUUUAUCAACAUCUUGUGAAGUCUCAUAUAUCCAUGUUCACCCUUUCCACCUCUUGAGAAAUGUAAAUGUUUAAUUCUGUUCACUGUGCAAUAUACAUGCGAGGGAUCUACUGUGCAAAAUCAUUUUGUGCUAGUUGGCAAUCACACUAAAAACCUGUAGUUUUUCAUUGUUGAAAGUACCAUGUGUGUCAUGUGAUGAAAUAAAACGUUUGCACUUUGAGCUGAGAUC